UGAACUCGUUAUACUCGUCAACCCCUGUAUCUCCUUCCUCGCUACCGUCAGCAUUUCUCUCUCCUCCACGCCCAAAAAAUGCCUCUCAUUUCUCUCUCCUCCUUCUCUCCUCAUUUGACUCCUCCUCCACUCUUCCCUGACAUUCCCAAUUAACUCCCUAAAAUCUCAGUCUUUCAAUGGCGGAUUCCAAUUUCCAAUUCCACCAUUAAUGACGAUCGUGAUGGAUUCUCGGACGGUUUUUUCCGAUUCCAACGACAUCAGUAAUGGCAGCAGCAUCUGUUGCGUCGCAACAAACACUACCCCAACCGCUGCUGAAAACUGUCUUACCGCCAAGCCAGAAUCCGAAGCUCUCAAUCGUCUCUCCGAAAACCUCGAAACUCUUUUUCAACCUUCUCUCUCCGAGUCUGACUCAUUCGCCGACGCUAAAAUUAUCAUCUCCGGAGAUUCUCGCGAAAUUUUCAUUCACCGGUGUAUCCUUUCGUCUCGAAGCUCCUUUUUUAGAGCUGAAUUUGCUUCCAAAAGAGAUAAAGAAAAACAGAAAGAUAAGGAAACAGAAAAAUUGGUGAGACUUGAGCUUAAGGAUAUGGCAGGUGAUGUUGAGGUUAGAUUUGAUUCAUUGGUGGCGGUUUUACGAUAUUUAUAUAGCGGUAAAGUUAGACCGAAUCCUAAAGAGGUUUGUAUGUGCGUUGAUGAUGAUUGUUCCCAUAUAGCUUGCCGUCCUACUGUUGAAUUUCUUGUCGAGGUUCUAUAUUUGUCUCACAAGUUCAAGAUCGACGAACUGGUUGCUCUGUAUCAGAGGCACCUCAUGGAUAUUCUUGAGAAGGUCUCAGCAGAUGACAUUCUAGUAGUGCUAUCUGUUGCUGAAGUGUGUGAAAGCGUGUGCAAAAGUUUGCAAGACAGGUGUAUUGACAUAAUUGUCAAGAUUGAUGUAGAUGUUACCACCCUUGAUAAAUUUUUGGCACAUCAUACUGUCAAACAAAUAAUCGACACGCGCAAGGAACUUGGUUUGACUGAGCCUGCAUAUGUUGAAUUUCCUGAUAAGCAUGUGAAGAGAAUACACAGAGCUUUGGAGUCUGAUGAUGUUGAGUUAGUUAGAAUGCUUUUAAAAGAGGGCCAUACUAGUCUAGAUGGUGCUUUUGCCCUUCAUUAUGCUGUAGCAUAUUGUGAUGCCAAAACCACUACAGAGCUUCUUGAGCUAGGGCUAGCAGAUGUUAACCUCAGAAAUGUAAGGGGUUACACUGUGCUGCACAUUGCAGCCAUGAGAAAAGAGCCUAAAAUCAUUGUAUCCUUGCUAACCAAGGGUGCCCAUGCUUCUGCAACAACACCAGAUGGCAGAAAGGCUGUGCAGAUAGCAAAGAGACUAACAAAGCAUGUGGACUUUUAUAGACCUACAGAACAAGGGAAGGCUUCGCCAAAGGAUCGGUUGUGCAUUGAAAUACUGGAACAAGCCGAAAGAAGAGAACCUUUGCUCGGAGAAGGUUCCGUAUCCCUGGCAAAGGCAGGGGAUGAUCUGCGUAUGAAACUAUUGUAUCUUGAGAAUAGAGUUGCUCUUGCACGAUUGCUUUUUCCAAUAGAAGCCAAAGUUGCUAUGGAUAUUGCUCAAGUGGAUGGUACUUCUGAAUUUACUUUAUCAAAAAAUAUAGCUAAUGCACGAAGAAAUGCUGUGGACUUGAAUGAGGCACCCUUCAUGUUGAAGGAGGAGCAUUUGCAAAGAAUGAAGGCACUUUCUCGAACUGUUGAGCUUGGGAAGCGUUUCUUUCCUCGGUGCUCUGAGGUCCUCAAUCAGAUCAUGGAUGCCGAAGAUUUAUCUCAGCUUGCAUUUCUAGGAAAAGAUACACCAGAGGAACGCCAAAGGAAGAAACAAAAAUACCAAGAAUUGCAAGAUGCUUUAACCAAGGCUUUUUCAGAGGACAAAGAAGAGUUCGAACGUUCCACACUAUCAUCAUCAUCUUCGACAGCAUUUGGGCGACCUUACGGUAAGACUCAUCUUAAGAGGUAGUAACUCCAGCUCGAUCAAAUACAACUCCGCCUGUAAGAUAUAUAAAUUUAUGUAUUAUAGUUUCUUCAUUUUCAUCUUGGCCUACUAUUUCAAUCACUUUGGUCUGUACCAUAAUUUUUGGCCGAUCGAUUGAUUUAACAAUUACAUGCUAUAAUUAUAUGUUAUAAACCUUUAUAAGUUUAUAGUUAGACGAGCAUUACCAA